UUUUCAUACGACAAUGAUCCAGUACCUUCUCAUCGCAGCCCUGGUUGGCAGUGCCACCGCAACAAACUUCGCCCUUGGUAAACCAGCCACGACCAGCAGCACAUGGGUUUCGUAUAACGGCUCCCUCGCCACUGACGGCAACACCGACGGUGACUGGAAAUCCGAGUCCUGCUUCGCUACAAACAUACAAGACUCAGAUCCUUGGUGGAUGGUGGAUCUGGAGCAGGUUAUCACCGUCGACAAUGUCGUUAUCUACAACAGAGCAGACUGCUGCGGUGAGAGGCUUCAGAGGCUGACUGUAACGGUGUACACUGAGAACCCUGACGUCGUUAGUGACGCUGAAGGAACGCCGUGUGCGACGUUCGAGGGGCCAGCUGAUGACGAAGAUGUCGUAACCCUUCAGUGCGAGGGCGAAGUUAGCGGAAGAUAUAUACGCAUCACUAAGCAGAAGAGCUUGGAGAACGAGUUGGACCUUCUUAGUUUCUGUGAAGUGGAAGUAACAGCCAAGUGUCCUUCCGGGUUUUCCCCAAUAGACACCGAGUGCCUGAGGUUUGUCCCGAGUUUCGCCACAUUCGCCGAGGCCCUGACGAACUGCGAGAGCAUGCACUCACACCUGCUGAUGAUUAAGACGGAGAGCCUUGACAACGCCGUCAGAAACUAUAUGGUUGGAAACAAACUCAAUGACACAUACUACGUGGGCGCCAUGGACCUGGAGGAGACUGGAGUGUUUCAGUGGGUGGAUGGUUCCACCGUCGACGUUCCCUGGAGAAGCAAGAACGCUGGCAUCGGUGCCGCUGCAGUAGAAGAAAUAAAGAAUGCAGCAUGUGGCUACUUGAACGGAGCCACCGGAGCUUGGCAAGCCAUGUACUGUAGUGAACCUAACUUCUUCAUCUGUCAGAGACCACUUUAGUGAUUAUUUCUUGGGGAUUAAAAUUGUGGAAAAGUUCA